AGAAGUAGAACCUUCAAUACCCUGCAUGAAAAAGCGCCCGCUUCUGCAGAGGAUUGCCGAAUUCACUGUCGCCCCACUUGCAAUGGAGGACAGUGACCAUGAAAUUCCAUCUUCAUCAGACGAGCGGGACUCCUGUCCCGUCUCCCCAAAGCCAAGCGGGAACCAUGAUGGCGACCAGCAUUCCAGCCACUCCGAAGACUCCGAGCUGGAGAACAUUAUGCAAGAGCCCUGCCCUCAUGUCCAACAUGAGCAUGACCACAGUCCGCAGCAGCGCCAUCUUGGCCAAGAGGCUCACGAUGCAGACAGGGCGGCCGAGGGUCAAGACCUUCCCCACACCCCGUCCUCUUUGCGCCCCCCUGUGUUGGGUACGGCCCAGUCGGAUUGGGGUUCCGAACCCGCUUUACCUCCUCCGAGUGUGGACUUUGACUUGCCCUUCCCCGUCAGUCCCUCCAGGCCCAAAAGUCCAUGGGCCCGUUUUGACCCGUACAGCAAUAACGAGGAUCAGGACAAGGAAUACGUGGGUUUUGCAACACUUCCCAACCAGGUGCACCGCAAGUCAGUCAAGAAAGGAUUUGACUUCACCCUAAUGGUGGCGGGCGAGUCUGGCCUCGGAAAAUCCACCCUGGUCAACAGUCUCUUCCUCACAGAUCUUUACAAAGACAGAAGGCUGCUCAAUGCCGAAGAACGAAUCAUUCAAACAGUCGAAAUCACCAAGCACACUGUUGACAUUGAGGAAAAAGGAGUCAAACUGAAGCUGACUAUUGUGGACACCCCGGGCUUUGGCGAUGCGGUUAACAACACAGAAUGCUGGAAGCCAGUGGCCGACUACAUCGACCAGCAGUUCGAGCAAUACUUCAGGGAUGAAAGCGGCCUCAACCGCAAAAACAUCCAGGACAACCGCGUGCACUGCUGCCUCUACUUCAUCUCCCCCUUCGGCCACGGCCUUCGGCCACUGGACGUGGAAUUUAUGAAAGCCCUGCACGAGAAGGUUAAUAUUGUUCCAGUGUUGGCCAAAGCAGACACGCUCACCCCGAGUGAGAUCAAGAAGAAGAAAUUAAAGAUCAGAGAAGAGAUCGAGCUAUGUGCUAUUAAGAUAUACCAAUUCCCCGACUGCGACUCUGACGAAGAUGACGACUUCAAGCAGCAGGAUUACGAGCUGAAGGAAAGCAUUCCAUUUGCCGUCAUCGGCAGCAACAUCGUGGUGGAAGCCAAAGGGAAGAGGGUGCGAGGUCGUCUGUACCCUUGGGGCAUCGUCGAAGUUGAAAACUCGGCGCACUGUGACUUUGUGAAGUUGCGCAACAUGCUGGUUCGAACGCACAUGCAGGACCUGAAGGACGUGACCCGAGAGACCCACUAUGAAAACUACAGAGCCCACUGCAUCCAGAGCAUGACCCGCAUGGUUGUGAAAGAGCGGAACCGCAAUAAGCUAACCAGGGAGAGCGGCACCGACUUCCCCAUCCCCGCAGUGGGCGACAUGACCGACAGUCAGACGGAAAAGCUGAUCCGGGAAAAAGACGAGGAGUUGCGGCGCAUGCAAGAGAUGCUGCAGAGGAUUCAGGGCCAAAUACACACCAAGAAGGACGCCUACUGACACGCCGUGUUGCCCGCUUGGACUUUCGCCUCCCAUCCCGUCCCAACGACCUCAUCAACCUCAUCGGUGCCCAUCGUGGCACUCGGCAGGAUGAGGUAAGAAAGCGCCACUCUGUAAAUGGGAUUGGAAAAAACAACUGAGACGCUUGUUCCAAAAUGUCAAUGAAUCCAUUUCUCACCUAAACCUGUCAAACGUUUGUUUGUUUUUUUGAAGGGCAUGUGUUUUUUUUUUUCAUUUUCCUGGUGCAGGUUUUGUUUUUUUACUAUAGGUCAAUGUGACCUUAUCAAAUCUGUCAUGUCUUUUUUUUUUUUUUUUUUUAUACAACACCCCAAAAAUUGUCCUACGGAUUGUCUGCGGAAAACUAUUUGGCAAAACUGUUCAUCAUGCUUUGUAUGAGUUGAAUGAAUGAAGAUUGUUUUUUGGAUUUCAAGUUGAAAGUGCCACAGUGUUGUGUUCGUGGCAACACAUGCAGGUGCCGCUCAAUCAAUUACAGUAUUGGAGACAUAUUUAUUUAGUUCAAAAAAUGGUAGUGAAAACUUUGCAGAAGGACAAUUCCUACCUGAUUUCUACAUGAUAGAAAUACAUUUGAGUUUUGUUUUUUUUUCUAAACUAAACAACUUCCUAAAUUUUGUCCUCCCUAUAUUGGAAUUGAGAUGCAUCUGUGUAUCGGAAUGUUACAUAUCAUAAACGCAACACUGCCUGUCAUGCUAUUUUUUUUUUUUUUUUUUAAAUUCCGAUGGAUAGAAAAGCAUGUUUUUGUAUGGCCUCAAAAGUUCAGAGAUCCAUGAAAACCAUUCAACCAGUUAAGUCGCGAAAGAUAUGAACAGACAAAUGUUACUGUAACAACUUGCCAAACUUGACGCUGUUUUGUUUGCCUUUCACAACAUAUGUGAACCAUGUUAUUUAUGGGCAUUGAAGAAAUGUAUAAAACAAUCUGCUUAAUUAUGAUGACAGGAAUGGAGUUUUUGGGUGGAGUUUUUUUUUUUUUUUUUUGGUACCACUUGAAGUGAAAUCUUGUGUUACGACAAAUAGUAAUGUUGCCAUUUUAGUCCAUUAUCUUCCUGGACUAUUAAAGAGAAACAUUAUAUUAUUGAGUUAACAUUUUGAAUGUUUUACUAAACAUUGUGAUUAUGAACCUCAUUUGUUAUUCAUCACAACUUCCUGUUUUUUUUUUCCUUUUAUCUCUGGCAACCUUUACUUUUGUGUCUUUAUAUUUUAUUUUUUUUUAAUGCUUCUAUGAUAUUUAUGUUAUAUCUAAAUUGCAAAUGGAAUGGCUGGGAAAAAAUAUGCAAAAAAAAGAAUAAAUCCAGUGCUAAUAAAAGUAUAAUUUCA